UCAAACACACCUCUCUCUCUUCUUUCUUCUUCUUCUUCUUCUUUAAAUCAUAUAAUACCAGUUCUUGAAUAGUAAUAUUACGAAUUCUUUUUCAAAGAAUAUAUUCUGUUCAUAGUUUUAUAAGUAAGAAUGGCCAUAGAGAUUGAGCAACCAGCUAAGAACACUGUUGGGCUAUCAAGAAUUGCAGUUUCUGAAACUCAUGGAGAGGAUUCUCCAUACUUUGCAGGAUGGAAAGCUUACGAUGAAGAUCCUUACCAUGAAACAGAAAAUCCCUCUGGAGUCAUACAGAUGGGGCUCGCCGAAAAUCAAGUUUCUUUUGAUUUGUUGGAAGACUACUUAGAAAAACAUUCUGAAGCUUCUAACUGGGGAAAAGGAGCACUUAGCUUUAGAGAAAAUGCCUUGUUUCAAGAUUACCAUGGACUCAAAUCAUUUAGACAGGCAAUGGCAAGUUUCAUGGAACAAAUUAGAGGUGGAAGACCAAAAUUUGACCCAGAUAGAAUAGUUCUAACUGCAGGCGCAACUGCAGCUAAUGAACUAUUGACUUUCAUUUUAGCUGACCCUGGCGAUGCUUUGUUAGUUCCUACUCCAUACUAUCCAGGAUUCGACAGAGAUUUAAGGUGGAGGACUGGUGUAAAAAUAGUACCAAUCCAUUGCGACAGUUCCAACAAUUUCCAAGUGACUCCUGAAGCUUUAGAAGCUGCAUAUAAAAAUGCAGUAGCUAUGAACAUUAAAGUUAGAGGAGUACUUAUAACAAAUCCUUCCAACCCAUUAGGCGCCACAAUUCAACGUUCAGUCUUGGAAGAAAUUCUUGAUUUUGUUUCACGCAAAAAUAUCCAUCUGGUUUCUGAUGAAAUCUACUCAGGAUCUGCUUUUUCAUCAUCAGAAUUUGUUAGCAUUGCUGAAAUUCUCCAAACUCGCGGUUAUAAGGAUUGUGAAAGAGUUCACAUUGUUUACAGUCUUUCAAAAGAUCUCGGGCUUCCAGGUUUUCGGGUAGGAACUAUCUAUUCUUAUAACGACAAGGUUGUUACUACUGCAAGAAGAAUGUCGAGUUUCACCUUGAUCUCCUCGCAAACGCAACAUCUCUUGGCUUCAAUGUUGUCUGAUAAGGAGUUUACAAAGAAGUAUAUUAAAAUAAAUAGAGAAAGAUUAAGGAAAAGGUAUGAAAUGAUUAUCCAAGGAUUAAAGAAAGCAGGGAUAGAAUGUUUGAAAGGUAAUGCUGGAUUAUUUUGUUGGAUGAAUUUAAGUCCUUUCUUGGAAAAACCAACAAGAGAAGGAGAAUUAUCUCUUUGGAAAUGCAUUAUUCGUGACGUAAAGCUUAAUAUAUCUCCUGGCUCUUCUUGCCAUUGCUCUGAACCAGGAUGGUUUAGGGUAUGUUUCGCUAAUAUGAGUGAGGAAACACUAGAAGUUGCACUGAAGAGGAUACAUAAUUUCAUGGAUCAAAGGAAGAAGAAGACUACAGAAAUUACAAAUUAAUUAAAAAAAAAAAAAAAUCUAUUUUACAGUGAUUAUUUUUCAUUUUUAAUGGCCAAGUACAAGUAGUACUCUAGCCAUUUUGAUUAUCAUUCUUUAACUAGAUGAUAAAACCCAAAUGUGGGUUAUUUAUUUGUCUAGUUAAUAUUACAAUUUUAUACAUGUAAAUGUGAUACAUUCUUGUUUUCUUGCUUUGUCAAGCAAGUUCCCUAGAAAUUCCAUUUGUCUCAUUCAAAUGUAAUAAGUUUGCAAGAAUUUAAUUUUCAUAUAAUAUAAAAUUUGUUUCUUUUAUUA